AGCUUUGAAGACGGAAGAUGGGGAAAUUAGAGGAUACGAAGCAAGCGUUGGUGGUAUUCGGAGCCCUAGCGUUCGGGUGGCUGGCCAUCGAGCUCGCCUUCAGGCCCUUACUCGACAAGGCUCGGACCGCCAUGAACAAGUCUGACCCGACUCGAGAUCCCGACGACGAAGAGACCGCCGCCGAUGACAAGUGAGGAUCAAGAUUUUCGAAAUUGGUGAGAAUCUUAUUCCGUGUUAAUUAAUUGAAGUGCUUCGCUUGUCGUGUAUUAUGUUAUAGUGAGUUGGGGCUCGGGUUUGAAAGUGUAUUAUGGAGAUUUUAUAAUGGAAAAAUCGUCAAUCAAAGCCGAAACUUCGUGUUUCAA